GCCCGUCGUUGUCUGGUUUUUCUCGCCGAUUAACUACGGCGGUUUUCUUGCUUCACAUCGCUCUUACCCAUGGUCGUUUUCUUCCUGAAAAAUUUUCCAUCUUCUGGUUUUCCUUCUAUUUAUGGACUCUGUGAUUUUUGUUGUGGUUGUCGAUCUGGGUUAAAUUCGAAUCGCUUUUUUUGCCUAUGCGAUCUAAAGUUCUUUGAAGAGAGGAUACGAUCAAACGUUUACUGUUGCAGCAGAAGUUGUUACUCGAAUUUUCCAGUUUUUCUCUGCGGCUUUCCAAACUCUUUAUCAUCAAGUAUUAUUUUGAGGGACGAAUAUGAUUUGGUCAAGUUCAUCAAGCUGGUGCAACAAGCAAGCCUAUUUGUUAAUCUCCAGAUUGGCCCUUAUGUUUGCGCUGAAUGGAACUUCGGGGGAUUCCCAGUUUGGCUGAAAUAUGUCUCCGGAAUUGUUUUUCGAAGGACAAUGAGCCUUUCAAGGCAGAGAAGCUGUUUCAAACUCAAGGAGGUCCUAUAAUUCUUUCUCAGAAAGAUGAUUAUAAUUUAGUUGCUCCAAAGAUAAAACAUGGAUUUGUUUAUGAGAUUUCACAUUUCUAUACGGGCAAAGUAAAACAUCACACAAAAUUGUCCUACUAGCCGCUCAUUUAUUCUUCAAUAGCAAAGCAGAACAAUUUCCAAGGAGUUGUCAGAUUUUCAUCAACAGAUUCUAUGAUCUCAGUUUUAUUUUCUCGAUUCCCAACUAUUGUCUCUCAUAGAUAAGAACAACAUUCUCACAGGUAAUAAUUUACAUAUCCCUGACAAAGACCCAUUUAUUGACAACAUGGGCUUAUCAACAUUUUUUAAACAUUUUAAAGAAAUCUUACAAAGCUAAUUGUCAAAUUGCAAGAUAUUUUGAAAUAUGCUACUGUAGUACAACCUUUGGGGAAAAAAAAUGGUUGCCAAUGAAAGAUUUGAGACCAAAAGUUAAAUUUGUAUUGAAAAUAUGAGGUACAAAGUAUAAUAAAGCAUUUAUAAAAGGAUGAUUACCCUUUUUUACAUUUUUUAAGGUUUAUAAUUCUUUUCCUACAUCUAUGCAUUUGUCUCUCUCAGUUCACAAUUUAGCAGAAUGAGAGUAUAUUUCUGUUUACAAUAAGAUGUGAAUUCUAACCUUUAUUCAUGCGUGCAUGCUAAGAAUUAUGGUAGAAGAGUUUAUUGUGGUUAGCUUAGAGGAAAAUGUGAGGUUAGCAAUUUGAAGAGUCUACUUUCUCCUCAUAUGUUUGCUUUAACAUGUGUCAGUUGUAAUUAUUAUUUUUCUCUUCAUGGCAUACUUAAAAUUUGUAGAUCAGCAUAUAUUUGUUUUUGACAUUUCUUAUUAAAUGUAUUUGAAGACUGACUGAAGAAAGUAUCCAAUUUUUUAACAAUUAAAAAAAAUCACCUCAAUAAUUACAGUUUUA